AUGUUUUUUUCCCGAGUAGGCGGCCUGGGGAGCCAGCAUCUGCUGUUUUCAUUUAUGCUCUGUACAGUCUGCAGGGUAGGGAGCAGCCAGGUCCAUUACUCCGUGCUGGAGGAAGCAAAACACGGUACGUUUGUGGGGCGAAUCGCCCAGGACUUGGGUCUGGAGGUUGGGGAACUGGUGUCUAAACUGUUCCGGGUGGUGUCCAAGGGCCGCAGGGACUACCUGGAGGUAAACGGACAGAAUGGCAUUUUGUUUGUGAAUUCUCGGAUAGACCGUGAGGAGCUGUGCGGCCGCAGUCCUGUUUGUAGCAUCCACCUGGAGGUGAUCGUGGACAAACCGCUGCAGGUUUUCCAUGUGGAGGUGGAGAUCAAGGACAUUAAUGACAACCCGCCAGUGUUCCCAGUGAAGGAACAAAAGCUGUUUAUUUACGAAUCCAGGUUGCCAGACUCUAGGUUUCCGCUAGAGGGUGCAUCUGACCCAGAUAUUGGGACUAACGCCUUGCUUACCUAUUCUCUCAGCACCAAUGAUUACUUCAUUCUAGAUGUGAAAUCAAAAAGCGAGCAAGACAAAUUGGUUGAGUUGGUAUUGAGGAAACCUCUGGACCGAGAAGAAGUUCCUGAGCAUCGCUUAAUACUGACAGCCACAGAUGGGGGCAAACCUGAGCUCACAGGCACAGUACAGCUGCUUAUCACUGUACUGGAUGUCUCCUGUGCAGCCUGGACUGUGGCCCUGACCCCAGGCUGGGCCUCUGUGGUGAUUGUCCCAGAGCAGGGGCCCCUUGCCCUCUCCCACAGUACCCACAUCUGUCUGCUUUUCAAGCCAACAGGGAGCCUUCCACACUCCUGGCUGUGA